AACGCGGCUGAGCCUGGCCCCGCGCGGCCGCCGUAGAGUCCCCGUUGCCAUGGCCGCCAAGGUUCGGUGCGGACGCGCAGAGGCGUGACUGAGAGUGAGAAGUCCUCGGAGUCCGGAUCUAGCUUCCCGGGCCCGCGAACCGAAGAGGUGCCAUGGGCCGGAUCACAGAAGAUCUUAUUAGACGGAAUGCCGAACACAAUGACUGUGUAAUUUUUUCCCUGGAAGAACUCUCCUUGCAUCAGCAAGAAAUAGAAAGGCUAGAACACAUUGACACAUGGUGCCGGGAUUUAAAAAUCCUCUAUCUUCAAAAUAACCUCAUUGGAAAAAUUGAAAAUGUUGGCAAACUCAAGAAACUUGAAUAUUUGAAUUUAGCUUUAAACAACAUCGAAAAAAUUGAAAAUUUAGAAGGAUGUGAAUGGCUGACAAAACUCGACCUGACUGUAAAUUUCAUUGGAGAGUUGAGCAGCAUUAAAACCCUAAAGCACAAUAUCCACCUGAAGGAGCUCUUUCUCAUGGGUAACCCGUGUGCUGACUUUGACGGCUACAGGCAGUUCGUGGUGGCAACUCUUCAGCAAUUAAAGUGGUUGGAUGGUAAGGAAAUAGAGCGAUCAGAAAGGAUUCAGGCAUUGCAGAAUUUUCCAGUAAUUGAACAACAAAUCAGAGAGCAAGAGAAAGCUUAUUGCCUCAAAAGAGCCAAAGACAAGGAAGAGGCUCAGAGGAACCUGCGGGAAGAGGAGGAAAAUGAAGCGAAGGGGAGAAGUUACCCCAGCUUUGAGGGACAGAGCCCAUUUUCAGUAGAGAGCAACUGCCAUGUCCAGGCGCCAGAAGGACAAGAAGGGGAAUGCAACCAAAAAAAGUCCAAGGACAGUGAAGAUGACCUGGAAUUCUGGAACAAGCCCUCUUUGUUUACUCCUGAAUCUCGAUUGGAAACACUUAGGCAUAUGGAAAAACAGCGGAAAGACCAAGAAAAAUUAAGUGAAAAGAAGAAGAAAGUGAAACCACCCAGGAUUUUGAUCACUAAAGAUGGGAAGGCCUUGAACGUAAAUGAUCCCAAACUUGACUUCUCCUUGAAAGAUGAUGACAAACAUAACCAGAUCAUCUUGGACCUUGCUGUCUAUAGGUACAUGGACACCUCUUUAAUCGAUGUUGACGUACAGCCAACUUAUGUCCGGGUCAUGGUCAAAGGAAAGCCAUUCCAGCUUGUCCUUCCUGCAGAAGUCAAGCCUGACAGCAGUACCGCCAGACGAUCUCAGACGACAGGGCAUUUGGUGAUCUGCAUGCCCAAGACUUGCUCCUCCCAUAUUUGUUCCUGUCCUAGAAGAUGGCACCAGCAUAUACUCAGUUGUCCAAGUCACAGAUUGGAAGGCAUCUUCGAUUUUCCUCUGGCCAUCACACAUCCACCUGGUCAGAACUACUACCCAAACAUAUCCUGGAUUCUGUUACUCCCUUCUGUCUCCCCACCUCACUCUUGCUCAUGCCCUUGUCAUCUCCCUGCUGGACCACUUCAUACAGGCCUCCCCCUGUUUUCCCUCCUUCUGGUGCUUUUCAUCUUUUGAUUCCUUCCUCAUACAAAAGCCAAAGUGACCUUUUUAAAACAUGAAUCAGAUCAUUUUAUUCUUAUGCUUAAAACCCACCAAUGGCUGGCUUUCCCUAUAAAUGUGGCUUGUGUAAAUGAAUCUCAUCCAGAAAAGCCUCAAAGCAGUGGGAUCAGUAAGUCUGUUUUCAAAACUUGUCUGAUCCUAAGAGUCACCUGGAGAGAGCUAAAAAACUAGAUUCCCAGGCCACUAUCUGCAGAUUCUAAUUAGAUGUUGUGGAAAUGUAUGUUGUAACAAGUACCUGGAGGUGUGAGAAACAUGGAGUAAAUCAGUUAAGGGUCUAAUAAAAAAUCAGGAAAUACUUAAGUACUGAAAAAGUAUACAGGAGAUUUAUACAGCAGUGUACUUUAUAGGAGUAAAUCAGGAAAUGUAUUACAUGGAUAACAGAAGAUCUAGGAUGCCAAAGAAGGGAGAGUAAGACCACCCGGAAACAUGGAACAUCAGGUGGCUACCUCUACUCCCAGGACAGAGGGAGGAGGUGCUAUUGGCAGAAACCAUGCACCAGUGUCACCUGGAAGAAACCAGACCUGUGGAGACCUCUUGGGCAGCCACAGAGUAGACUCUACCUCUGCUGAAGAAGUCAAUCUUACAGACAGGGACUGUGGGAGAGGCACCUGGAGCCUCUUUCUUAGUCUGCCAGCUUCCCUUCUGUGCUUCCCCUUGGCUGCACUCAGCUGGAAGCCACAUGACAUGGGAAGCUGAGUGAUGAACCCUGGAGGUCCAUCUCCCUAAACUGUAUAGAGCAGAGCAGAAACAGGACAAGUGCAUACAACAGCAAACAGGCUCAGCACCUGUGUUGUGAGUUUGGAUUCCAUAUCACAUCCUCACGAAAAUACCACAGAAGUCUCUCCAGAAGAGUGUGAAAGUCAAUUAUUAACGCUAAAUUCUUUUAACAGCCAAUCUCCAUUUGAACUUUCCUAUUCUCCCACGCAGGGGCAAAUUGUGAGUAAUGGAUUGUGCUUCAUGCAAAUGAUGCCUUCUAAGAGGAUGUGUAAGUGCUCUGUGAGCCUGAAUGCAGAGUCUAAAACCUCCUUCAUGGGGGACAGCUGGAAGCUAGAGAAAUGUACCCACAUCUGGAGUAUACAGGCAAACAGAAGCCCAGAAGAACAGAUUAGUUAGACAAUAAUUUACAUGGCAGUAUUUUGACAAUAAUUGGAUGACCAAGACACACGUUUACACCGUUCCCAACAAAAUUGCAUGUUAGAAGUACUUUCGGAAUAAAGUUUGGGGUGAGGGAGGGAGAAAUUUAACUGUAAUAUUUUAAAAAGUAUAUUUUUAUCUCAUGAUGAAAGAAA